GCGGCGGGCGGUCCUGGAAUGUGCGAGGGGCGUGAUGACAACGACGGCCGCCGGCCUCUUUGCGCAACACCUUCGCCAUAUAUACGGCCGGGGCGCCGCUGCGCUCCACCUGCGCGCCUCCGGCGGCCCCGCACCUGCGAAGGGAGCGCUGACCAUGGCUCCUUGGCCAGAGUUGGAAAAUGCCCAGCCAAACCCCAAUAAAUACAUCGAAGGGGGUUCAAAUCCACAGUCAGCCUCCGCAGCCAAAGACAUCAUCAAAAAUGGCAGUGAGACUCCAGUACCCAAGAUUGAACUAUUGCCUUCCUACUCCACGGCGACUCUGGUGGAGGAGACCACUGACGUGGACCCCUGGGAUAUGCCGGAGCUCCGAGACACUGGGAUCAAGUGGUCAGAGAGGGACACCAGAGGGAAGAUUCUCUGUAUCUUGCAAGGAAUUGGGAAAUUCAUUCUGCUCCUGGGCUUUCUCUACUUGUUUGUGUGCUCCCUGGAUGUCCUCAGCAGUGCUUUCCAGUUGGUUGGAGGAAAGAUGGCUGGGCAGUUCUUUAGCAACAACUCCAUCAUGUCCAACCCUGUGGCAGGACUGGUGAUUGGGGUGCUGGUGACAGUCAUGGUACAGAGCUCCAGCACCUCUUCGUCCAUCAUUGUCAGCAUGGUGUCCUCCUCAUUGCUGACCGUGCGGGCCGCCAUCCCCAUCAUCAUGGGAGCCAACAUUGGGACAUCCAUCACCAACACCAUUGUGGCGCUCAUGCAGGCAGGAGACCGGAGUGAGUUCAGAAGGGCCUUUGCAGGGGCCACUGUCCACGACUUCUUCAACUGGCUGUCUGUGUUGGUGCUUCUGCCCUUGGAGGCCAUCACCCACUACCUGGAGCUCCUAACCAACCUGGUGGUGGAGUCCUUCAACUUCAAGAAUGGAGAGGAUGCCCCCGCCCUUCUGAAAGUCAUCACAGAUCCUUUCACAAAGCUCAUCAUCCAGCUGGAUAAAAAUGUCAUCCACCAAAUUGCAAUGAAUGAUGCUUCAGCCCAAAACAAGAGUCUGAUCAAGAUUUGGUGUAAAACGUUGACCAAUGUGACGGAGAUGAAUGUCACUGUCCCCUCACCAGUCAACUGCACUUCUGCGUCCCUCUGUUGGACGGAUGGCAUCCACACCUGGACCAUCAAGAAUGUGACUCAAAAGGAGAACAUUGCCAAAUGCCAGCACAUUUUCGUGAAUUUCAACCUCCCUGAUCUUGCUGUGGGCAUCAUCCUGCUCUCCAUCUCCCUGCUGGUCCUCUGCGGCUGCCUCAUCAUGAUCGUCAAGCUCCUGGGCUCUGUGCUCAAAGGGCAGGUGGCUGUGGUCAUCAAGAAGACCCUCAACACUGAUUUCCCCUUUCCCUUCGCAUGGGUGACUGGCUACCUGGCCAUCCUCGUGGGAGCCGGCAUGACCUUCAUUGUGCAGAGCAGCUCCGUGUUCACGUCUGCUCUGACUCCACUGAUCGGUAUUGGGGUGAUAACCAUCGAGCGGGCUUAUCCACUCACGCUGGGCUCCAACAUUGGCACCACCACCACUGCCAUCCUGGCUGCCUUAGCCAGCCCAGGCAACACACUGAAGAGUUCACUCCAGAUCGCCCUGUGCCACUUUUUCUUCAACAUCUCCGGCAUCUUGCUGUGGUACCCAAUCCCAUUCACCCGCCUGCCCAUCCGCCUGGCCAAGGGCCUGGGUAACAUCUCUGCCAAGUACCGCUGGUUUGCCAUCUUCUACUUGAUCUUCUUCUUCUUCCUGACCCCGCUGGCGGUGUUCGGCCUGUCCCUGGCCGGCUGGCCAGUGCUGGUGGGGGUGGGGGUGCCCAUCAUCCUGCUGAUCCUGCUGGUGGUCUGCCUCCGCAUGCUGCAAUCUCGCUGCCCGCGCAUCCUGCCGCUCAGGCUCCGGGACUGGAACUUCCUGCCCAUUUGGAUGCACUCGCUGAAGCCCUGGGACCGCUACAUCUCCCUGGCCACCACCUGCUUCCAGAGGCGCUGCUGCUGCUGCUGCCGCGUGUGCUGCCGCGUGUGCUGCAUGGUGUGCGGCUGUAACAAGUGCUGCCGCUGCAGCAAGUGCUGUGAGGACCUGGAGGAGGGGCCCGAGGACCAGGCAGUCCCUGUCAAGGCUCCCGAAGCCUUUGACAACUUAGCCAUGAGCAGAGAGGCCCUGGAUGAGGACAAGGCCCAAGUGGAAACACUGGACAUGAAAACCAUUACGAUCAGCACCGCCUUCUAGGCCGGCUGAGGGGUGAGGAAGCAGGGGUGACAUCUACUUUCAUUGUCUUUCCCCUGGCCCAGCACGACAGCUUGUAUGUAGGUCAGCCUCAUCCCAACCGCUCGCUCCCUUGCUCUUUCUCUCCCAGAAGGCAUAGGGAGAAUUAGAACACAAACCCAGCCAGACUGAUGACCAAGUCCACUCCCCAGGACACACUAGAUCUGUUGUUAAACUUCCAGCAUAUUCCUUAGAAGGGAAAGGCCCAAACCAAGGGAUUAAGGAGGGUUCUCCAAGGGCCUCUGUAAGAGUUGGUGUAUAUAUAUAUGUACAAAGGUCUCUGAUCCCACGAGCAGCUGAGCAGGGAAAACUGGAUGUUGAGAGACUGGACAAGGUGUGGGGCUUCCCACCUGAUUUCCAGCGCUCCCCACUCUAGUCCCACACAGGGUUUCCUCACCUGGCAUCCUUGGGUUUCUUUCUGGAAUGGGAGCCACACCUGGGCUGUUUGGCACCCCUGUUGCCCUCCUUUGUGGGGUGGGGAGCAUUUGGGGAGAUAGCUCUCGAGGCAUUCUCCAAGAAAGUUUUACAUACCCCAGGAGCAGGAGACCAGGGCUUGGCUGAGGGCGAAAAAUGGUGUGAAUGAAAUGGGGUUCUGGCCACUGAACCGUGAUUGUGCAGCUCAGCAGGAUGCACAGGUAGCUGUCGUUAAGGGGAUGUGUUCUGCACCCCAGGUACUUUCUAGAAUCCCCUAUUUUGUUUUCCUUUUUUGUGUGUGCCAGUCCUGGAACUUGAACUCAGAACCUGGGCACUGUCCCUGAGCUUUUGUGCUCUACCACUUGAGCUACAGCUCCACUUCUAUUUCUCUGGUGAUUCCUUGGAAAUAGGAAUUUCAUGGACUUUCCUUGCCAGGGCUGGCUUUGAACCUAGAUCCUCCAAUCUCAGCCUCCUGAGUUGGUAGGAUGACAGGCGUGAACCACUGGUACCUGGCUUCAAAAUCCCAUUCACACCAUUUCUCAGCCUCAACCAUCGCCUGUCUCAUCAAGCAGGUGAGCCUCAGCCUUACCUAGGAAGCAGGGAGGAGACAGCUAGACCCCAAAGAUCCCAUGCAUCCCCCAUUCAACAUCACCAUCUGAACAGGGUGGGGUGCUCAGCUGAGCCUUCUGACCCUACCCCUAUGUAAAUAUCAAUUCCCAAACACAUCUGUUUCUACCCCAUAUUUAUAGUCACGCAACUGUACAGCAGUUUUCAUAAGUUAUAUAGUAAAUAGUGUGAUUUGUUUCCUAGUAUCUCAUUUGGAAAUGAGGCAGGGCUCCUGUGUGAAAGAGCAUCUCUGUAUAUUUGUAAUGCUGCCUUUUAAAUGUGACUCCUUAGCCAUCUUGCCUUCCUCCCGUCUGUAAAUAUGUAAGUUAAAACCAGGCAUUGGCUGCGGCUUUCAUUACACUCUGAUUUUUAAAAUGAGAUCCUUGUAUCAGUUUUGUAUUUUUUUUUUUACUGGUUGUGGGAAGGGAGAA